AUGGAUAAUCUGCUGUUAGGUUUGGGUUCGGAGGUCCGCGAGUUGAAAUUGGGGGCCACGUUCACCCAUCCAUCCGCGCAAACCGCAUAUCAUACUUUAAAAUACGACUUCAAACCAGCCAGUGUAGACGUCAGCAAAUCAGCAACGCUUGAGGUUGGAUCCAACAAAGAAGUGACAGUUACCGUGCCACAUCUGGAUGGCUCCGGAGUUCCCAAUACGGUGUUCAAGGGGAACCAACAGGAUUACAGCAUGAAGGAUUGUGUGCUCAUUAUCGACCACGCCACGGGGGAAAUUACGCUCGAGAGACUGUGUAGUAAUGUGCAAGUCAAGAAGACAAGAACUGAAGGCAAAAUCGUUCAGCCUCCUCCUCAACCAGCUUUGAUUAAGAUGGAAAAUCCCACUGCCAGACGAAGCUCCAAAACCAAGGUCACCACCGGUCAUCGCAAGAACGGUCUCAUCGAUCUCGCACCAAAACAUUUACCCUUACGAAAUUCGCCGUAUUGCCGCCCACACAAGACUCCACAGGAACCGGCCUGGAGUGCCAGCAAUUCUCGACAAUCAUUGCCGAGUCUUCCGAUUAUCGGCAUGGGUGAAAAUGAUUUUAUCUCUGUGCCUCCAUUACCAGAACCAACGACACAGGCGCAAAAGCAGCGACAGGAACAACAAAUGUACAAUGCAACUAUAACUGCAAGCCUCGCUAAUAACAAUAAUAACAAUAAUAACAAUGCCGCUUCAAUCGAGGUUAACCUACCUAAGACACAAGUUGCUAUAAUGAGUUCGUCUGACUCUAGUGAUUCGAGUAGUUCUGAAUCAGACACCGACAGCAGUUCUGAAUCCGACAGUAGCUCUGAAUCGGACAGUUCGCGAAGAAGUUCCAAAGCUAAGGUAGCCACAAACAAGAGUUCACAAGCACCGGCCUGGAGUCGCAAAAGUACCCAACAGUCAUUGCCGAGUGUUCCAACUAUCGAUAUGGAAGAUGGAAACGUUUGUAUGCCUCCUGUGUUACAUCUAACCGAACAACCGCACAAAGUCGUCCAGCCUCCUACUCCACUAGGUCCGACUAAGACGGAUGGUCCCACUUCGAGACGAAACUCCAAAACCAAGGUCACCACCGGUCAUCGCAAGAACGGUCUCAUCGAUCUCGCACCAAAACAUUUACCACUGCGAAAUUCGCCGUACUGCCGCCCAAACAAGGUUCCACAGGAACCGGCCGGGGGUGCCAGCAAUUCUCAUCAGUCAUUGCCGAGUCUUCCAAUUAUCGGCAUGGGUGAAAAUGAUUUUAUCUCUGUGCCUUCAUUACCAGAACCAACGACACAGGCGCAAAAGCAGCGACAGGAACAACAAAUGUACAAUGCAACUAUAACUGCAAGCCUCGCUAAUAAUAAUAACAAUGCUGCGUCAAUCGUAGAGGUUAAUCUACCAAAGACACAAGUUGCUACAAUGAGUUCGUCUGAAUCUAGUGAUUUGAGUAGCAGUAGUUCUGAAUCGGACACCGACAGCAGUUCUGAAUCGGACAGCUCUUCGGAGGACGAACAUGAUUCUCCGAUGAAAGGACAAAGCUGGGCAGAAGUGGUCAACCAUGCUAAUAUGGUUGUUAAAAACCAGUUGACCAUGGAUCUGUACCUGUCAGAGUCCGACUCGGAUUAG